AUGGAAUCUGAGAAGACAGAGGAACAGAACCAACAUAAUGGUCACGUGUUGAAUGAGACUUCUGACAAUGAGGAGGAUGAUUUUGUAGCAGAACCCUGUGGGAUCGGCCCUUUUCGUCCAUCACUUUUCAAGAAUUUUGGAAACAUUCCCUGUUUUGUGGGGUGUUACAGUAUCAUUGGUCUCUUGUCACAGUCUCUAAAUACAUAUUUAGGUUCACAAAUCCCUAGUAUUGAGAAGCAGUUUGGGUUAUCGAGUGCCUACAGUGGAAUUCUGAUGAGUUUUAACGACAUUGGCUAUUUAGCUGUCGUUCUGUUAGUAAGCUCUAUUGCUCCAUAUGUCCACAUACCGCGGAUGCUUUUCGGCGCCUUUCUUGUCUACGGUAUUUCAGGCGUGGUCUGUAGUCUGCCGCACUUCUUCAGUCUUGCCAGUGGUACAUUACCAUCGUUAGCUGAUGAUGACGUCAUCAAUGAGAACCUGUCGUCAACUGUACGUGUGUCUUCGAUGAGGAGUAAGGUAUAUCCUCUUUGCGAUUUGAUAACCGGAAAUACGUCAGUCUUGUUUGAGGACGCAUGCGUGAAAAAUUUAAAGGAGGAGAGCGACACAGACGACACCAAAAGUGAUGUCCGGACGAUGUUUUUGGCCAUAUUUGGGAUCGGGAUGGUACUCCAAGGUGUAGCGAAAUCGUUGCGGGGUCCAUUUGUCACGGUUUAUGUUGACGAUAAUGGCGAGAAAAGAAAGACUGGAUUCUAUAUGGGUAUAAUAAUCGCCGUAGCUAUCGCCGGUCCGUCAGUCGCUUUUGUCGUUGGUGGCGUUUUCAGCAAAAUGUACGUCACACUGGAAGAUGUUGACAUUACGCCAAGGGAUCCGAGAUGGAUUGGGGCGUGGUGGAUCGGUUUCUUAAUGUUUGGAGGUGCAUCCAUUGUUUUUGCAAUGCCUAUGGCUCUUUUCCCACGCCACAUAAAGAAGCCAAAAGCAAUAGUCGUGAAGGGAAAAUCGACAAAAGACAUGGAACUGUUCGACAAAGUAAAAGCGUCCACUAAGGCUGCUGUAGGCUUGGGUCAGACAUUGACAGCACGAAGUUGUUCUACUGGCUGUGAUUGUAAAGAUGACGUCUUUUUUCCUGUGUGUGGAUCAAAUGGAGUGAACUACCAUUCGCCCUGUUUUGCUGGCUGUCCCUCUGUACCAUUAAAAGGACAGAAUUUUAACAACUGCACGUGUAUUCCGGAUGGGAAGGCCACUUCCGGUGAGUGCCAGUCUGACUGUGUGAUGAUAUACCCGUUUGCCGUGCUGUGUGUUAUAGGUGGUUUACUCAACGCCUUACUGAUAUCCCCGGGUUUUAUUGCUAAACUUCGAUGUGUUGAGGAUCGCGACAAAGCUACAGCUUUGGGCUGCAUGGCUUUCCUUGGAUCAAUCUUAGGUUGGAUGCCAACGCCAAUCAUUAUUGGAAAAGUAAUAGACACAACCUGCAUUAUCUGGCAAGACACUUGUACAUCUUCUGGGGCAUGUUUGUAUUACGUACUAUCAGGACUUCGUCUAAAGGUUCACGGAGUAAUUCUUGGUUACAAGAUCGCGUCACUAGCUUUCCUCUUCCUGGCGUUUUAUCUUGUUAGAAACCUUGAUGAAUGGCCUCAGAAUAUGGCCAAGAAGUGUACUGCUGAGAAGGACGUGAAAAACCCGGUGGAGAUGAAAUCUCUUGUGGAUGUUGAUGCAGAAGUAGAGAAGGAUGAAAAAGUAAGGAAAAUCAACGAAAACUGUAAAUAA